CGGCACGAGGACACGAAGGAUAAAUAUGGCGAUAAGAGAAUAGCCGAUAAGAGCUCCACCCACAAAAAAAAGACAUGUAAUUCAGUCGAAAGCGGAUAUAGUCCUUAAUAUUUUUUUUAUUUUUCACUUGUGCACAUCCUCGUUCACCCAACCCGAUCUGCAGUUGUCACACAGGAUGGACCUCAACGAGAUUUCCAUGUCCAUGGACGUGAAGCUGGAUACACACGACAAGCGCCCAGUGGCGCUGAGAUACAAGACGUGGACCCGAUGUCAGGUUAAAAUUGAGGCCAUUAAAUGUGUGCCCUGCUUCCUGCGUCUCACAUUCCAGACAUCAGGGGAUGCGUCGGUCACUCCUGGCUCGCAUCCAUCCGCCAAGCAUCCGCCACUCAGCAUUUCGGUGAACGUUCCGGGGGUUAGCCUGAGCCUGGCUACCUCGCGCACAAUGCAGCACUCAUACGGGCUGUUCUGGACCCAGAACCGUCGUGACUGCUUCAUUUACUUUGCCUUGGAGACAGAGACUUCUUGCCGACGACACAUGAAGUGGAUGAGAAAGUCUAUCAAGAAUCUGGAGCUGUACCGACAGAUAUUCCUCGAACAGCGCCGUCUCAGCAGGGGCCCGAGAGGCCUGGGUCCUCUGCCCAAUCUGCCAGAAACUACCCUGGACGGCAGCAAUUUCUCUACACGUGUUUCGCAAAUCUAUGAGGAGAUCUUUGAUGGCAGCCGGAUCUCACGCGUCUCGAUCGCUUCUGGCAUUUACGAGGAAAUGAAGCCAUCAGUCAUGGAGACACCGUCGCCACCGCCGCUACCCGCCCAACCGCAUCGCAAGCGCAUCAACACAUUUGAGUGUUCUCAGCUGGGAGAGAUUCCACGGUGCAGUACAAAUCCGGAGUCGGAGCUGGCCAAGAAAAAGAAGUACAAAAUAAUGCUGGAUAACCUUUUCGGAAGUGCGCGUCAAAAGCGGUCCGAUAGUGCCAGUGAGCACGCCCAGCCGCAAGAUCUGACGGCCCUACCCUGCAACGACAACGCUCCUCCAACAUUGGAGACAGCGCUCUCCCUCAAGCGCAGCUCUCAGCUUAGUAAGUCCCAGCGCAACAGCUUCUCCAGCCCCGAUCUUUCCAAAUUAAACUUCUUGGACACCUUUGGGGAUGAGCUCGGCGGCCAAAAUCACGAAUCAAGCCUUGAGCUCAACAUAAGUCUGGAUGACUCGGUGAUUGAACCGAUCUCUCGGAACCAGCUUGUGGCCCAGAUCUCAAAGCAGCUGCUGCAACAAGGCGGGGAUACAGGCUCCCUGGAGAGCUUAAAUGUUUCUGAGCAACUGCCAUACAACUUCAACUUCUCAGCUUGCAACACGUCCACCAUCAAUCUCAUUGGAUCCCAUGGAGCUGUGCCAGAAAAUGGCAAUCUGCUAAAAAAGAACAAGAUUGUGGUAGACGAUCUUACCGGCUACUGUGUGAUGGCGCCCAUCAUUUUCAAGCCGACGGAGAAGGAGAUACCCCGACAACCAGGCGGUAGCACGGCUUCGACUUCGUCCGGCUACUCCACAGGCUCCUAUUGCUCCUCAACUAGCAGCUGUAACACAGAGGACCCAUCCGCCGCAAAAACCCUGGUGGCGCAGGCAGCCAACGAGAGCGACAUUUAUGAAGCCAUGCACGGCAGUUCCUUAAAUAGCACUGUCGGAACGACGGCUGCUGCUGGAUUUGCGGAGCAUCUAUAUGAGAACCUUUUAGCAGUCAAAGCGGCGCAGGAGCUAGAAGUCCAACCGCUCUGCUUUGGCUUGAGUACUAGUACACCCACCGAAUCUCCCUUGGCUCCAGCAUUGCCACAGAAAGCCAGCAACAGGGAAAAGGCUAGCUCCAGUCAGCGUCAGCAGGAAUCUCAGGAGGAGGAGGACUAUUACCAGACUCCUAGAAAGUCCAUAAUAAGCGUGGACGACAAGAUACCCUCCUACUAUCCAAAUAGCUGCGAUACCUUAAAGUCGAAAAGACGCAGUCCUCCGAAUGUGAGGCACUUGGUUAGCAGCGCCUCGAAGUUAAGGCGCGAGAGAAAGGAGAACCUGUACAUUUCUUCGCCCCACCAGAUCAUCGAACAGCGUCAGAGGUUUACCACCAACUCAUCUUCAUCAUCAGCAGGGUCAUUAUCCAAGUCGAGAAUUUCAUCCAAAAAGACUGCUGCGGCACACAAAAUCUCCGAGGGCGUGUAUGCCGUUACCCAUUCUGUUCAGCGCCAGAGCAACCAUACCCACCAAAUCAAUAACAAUGAAGGAGGAGUAGAGGAGGAGCUUUUGCACCUCACCAUACUAAAGAACAUUGAUUUUAAGUUUGACGACGGCCAAGAGAUGCUCGAGGCGGAUGAUGCAGGACAGGCCAAGGCACGGCGUCCAGCAGCGAGCGAGGCGCCGGCGAAGAUGGAGAAUCGCUACCAUGCAGCCGAACAGGCUGCCACCAAACUCUUGCAGAAGUACGCCACACUGCUGUCCCCUAGUAAGGGCAAGGCACUGGCAGUCGAUCCCGAUCCACAGCCGAUGACGCAGUCGGUGGCAACGUCCAACGAACUGCAGCCGCCGGCGGGAGCCAGCUCGAAGAAGUUUGCUUCGCUACCAAGAUUUAAGAAAAUUGACUUUUCGCCACUGAAAAUUAGACUGAACAAUGUCCUGCAGAGGAAUCCUCCGUCGCCGCAGCAGUAAUAUCACCUUAAAACUAUCGCUUAAUAUUUUGUUUUUCUUUGGCCUCUUCUGACUGUGUGAUCGAUGUGUACCCACCACCUUAAUGUUUGUUUUGACUUCAGUUGAUGUGUCAUCAGCUUAAUUUUAAUAUGUUAUUCAUGUAUUUAAUACGCUUUUACCCAAGAUAAUGCACUUAGUCGUAAGCCUGUGUAGGUUGAUUUUGCUCAUUGGAAAUAGUAACGAAUCAUAUCUGGGGCUUCUUCGAGGAAGCCUCUAGUAUUACUGUUGUGAAUGCAUGUACGAUUUACACUUAAGACCGCGCUCAAUUAUCGAAAUUUUACAGAAACGCUUUUAUAUGAAUUAUACAAAACUACUAUAUAUUGUUGAGUUAUUUAGGCGCCUCGUUGUUAAAAUUAUCUAAAUUUAGUUGUAAUUUUACAGAGGAAUAUACAAAUUAAUCACCAAACUGAAACUACGCUUUCAAGCUUUGCAUAUAACAUAUCAAAGAACUAGUUAAUCCUAUCAUAAAACUGCUUCAAUCUAGCGUAACCCAAGCUCAAUUGUACCGUGACUUAGAUGUAAGCUUAAUAAAGAAAUGCCGCAAACCGAA